AUGCCGCUGCCCCGCCUCACGUGGUCUGUGCGCGACCCUACUGCUGCGAGGCUGUAUACCACACAUGCUGACGGCAUUGCUCUCUCGCUCCGCUACCCGAAUGAUUCCGAUAUCCAGCCUUCGGUCACCCAGAGCUUACUAGUCGGGUCUCCAGGCCCCAUAUGGGUGGAAGCGAAUGGGCUGCCGGCUUCGGCGCUGGCGUCACUGAUGCCGCUGCCCCGCCUCACGUGGUCUGUGCGCGACCCUACUGCUGCGAGGCUGUAUACUACACAUGCUGACGCCUCCCUGAGCCUGCUAGUAGGGUCGCCGGGCCCCAUAUGGGUGGAAGCAAAUGGACUACCAGCUUCGGCGCUAGCGUCACUGAUGCCGCUGCCCCGCCUCACGUGGUCUGUGCGGGACCCUACUGCUGCGAGGCUGUAUACCACACAUGCUGACGAUUUGCUGGAAAGAUCUGUGGCUGAGGGCCUGUCAGUUCGUGUUGUGCCUCUGAAACCCGGAGUCAUCACCAUCGACGUCAGAGUACGGAAUAUGGGACAGGCAGCAGAAACAAGAUCCUGGGACAGUACCAUCGAGAUCCUCGGCAUAUCCGACAUUCGGGCCUCAGUAGAAGGGUUACCCAAAGAGUUGUCUUCAUCCGAACGCCUUGCAGUGGCAGUCGGCUCCACACUACGCCUCAAGUCGUUGCCGAGAGGCAAUUGGAACGCGUACCAAGAUGGCGCAUUUGAAAUCAGUGCCAAUGGAGAACUGAAGGCUCUGAAACCUGGACACGGCGUUAUAGUGGCUCAGCAUAAGGAUGAGAGGAACAAUAUUUACAGAGAAACUGUCAUUCACGUAGAAGUAGCGAUACCCCACUACUGCACUGCGGAGCCGGCGGGAGACGCAGAUGAAGUUGCAGUACGAUUGGUGAUGCGGAACUCUUUAGGACGCGAGCUAAUAGCGCCGCUUGCUAACGUCACGGCCUUAGCUCCGACGCUCGCUCACGUCAGGCGAGCGGCUGAUAGUGCCCUCGGCAACGAACUCCUUAUCACGCACUUGGAACCGGCGGGUGCCUUCGCGGCCUUCCAAGGCUCGGCGGGCGGCGUGACCGUCAAAGACGAGGUGUGGCUCGCUGGGAAUGAAGCACACCCAUCCAGGACUCUCGCGACCGGCGGCUGGGCGAUCUGCCUAGAAGGCGUGGGCUGGCGUGCGCCACCAGGCGUGAGUCUAUACGCCGGUAGCGGCGUGUCACUAGCUUUAUUAUCGCGGGACCACGCCGCUAAGCAUGCCCUGCGGCUUGAUAGGCCGCCGCUUACGGCUACUGUUCAACAGAUACCGUUCGACAAGAUGGAGUUCAUGCCUGGCGACUGGCCAUCAUCAAUGGUGCCACUCACGAUCGAAGCCUCGCUACUGACUGGCGGUCCUUUACUCUGUUCAGAAGAACAAAGAUACGCUGUGGACGGAGUCGAGGUGGAAUUGCCUUACGCGUGCCGGACCAAGGCGCCGCAUAUGGCUAAACCUGUGCUGGACAUCAUCAAUGGUCAACUGGGUUGCUCGAUCAUCCCAGCCGCGCCGAUCACCGACGCUUCCGAAGUGGAGUUGUGCGCCGAAUGGGGCGUCGCCAGAACUUGCACCAAAGUCCUCCUCCUCCCCCAAAUAUCCGUCUCCCAUUCCAAAGUCUCCCUCCUCAAACCCCCCACCACUUUCGCCGUCACCGGUCAUCCCCGAGCGCUGAAACUAGUCAAACUCACAACAUCACCUGGCUUGAAACUGAAUAUAACACACAAAGAUACAGAGAUCUUCGUUGUUGUCAAAAACGAAGCGUCUACUUGUGGCGUAGGCCUUGUCAACGUCAAAUCGAAGUUGACAGCGCAAGAGAUUCAAGUGGAGGUGGAGAGAGAAUGUGACGUCACCUGCGGGACUCUUUUGGGAGCGCUAUUCUCAAUACUGAUGCCGUAUUUGCCUUCUUUGAUGACCGUCGCUGCUAUUGCUGUGGCGUAUAUGUAUAUUCAAGCAAGACUGCAAAGAAAAUCACCGAUCCGGUUACCAAUGGAGCCGGUGCAAACCGUUCUGCCGGCCGAGACGACGCCCACCUUCAAUCGUUCCAGAACGUUCUCUAGAAGCCCAUUCGCGUCCAACGGGCCGUCAUCACCAGUUUACGGAGACGCGAGUAUGCUGCCACCAGAUAGCAGCUUCUCACCAAAUUCCACCAGAGUGCACUCGAGGUUUCUCUAACACAUUGUAACCGAAUUUGACGUGACUACACAUGUGACAAAAAGUGGUGAAGUGUAAUAUUAAAAUCAAACUGUGCUACUAGAAAUUUUCUAGUUUAUGUCUGAAACAAUUUGAAGCAAAAAGCUGCUGAAAAGGCUUUGAAGCUUGUGUCCAAGAUCAAGGCCCCGAUUGCGCUAAAUAUUUUGACAAAUCGUAUCGUAUCACGGUGUCAUUUUGACAGCUACAAACGAAGUUGUAACGUAAACGAAGCGCAAUUGCGCCUUUGAGUAAAAGUAAAAGCUGACAGAAAGCUAGCGUGUGAGAAAAAUCUCACACGCUAGUCAAACAAUUGCUGUGUUUUAGUUUAAGACUAAGGUGUUCGGACUUUUAAUGAAAAGUGCAUAAAUUCGUUGUUUCGUCUUUGUUUACGCGUAAACUUUAUCGCGAUACCGAAAUGUAGGUAUAUUAGCUUAGCUGGAAUAAAAAUAGGGUGUGACUGGAAUUGAAACGCGAACGAAUUGGAGACAUUAGAAAUUAGCGCAAUCGGGGCGCAGGAAUGCGCUGAGAUGAGUUUAAAGGUUAAUUUUACUGCAUUAGUACUGUUACGGGACUUAAUGUCAACAUUUGGGUUCCAGUUUGCAUAAGGUCUUGUAUGGUCGUAACAAAUGUUUCCCUUUUAGUAUACUUUUUUAUAUUAUCUUUAUUGCUAUCCUAUUCUUAGGCCCCUAAUAGAUUAAAGACUGAUUGUUUCAAUUUCAAUAUUUAGACCAAUCACAAGCUUUUCAACCUUUGCUUCAAUUUGGAUCGAAAAAUGCGAGCCUAAGUGUAUGCCUACAGUUGAGUAGCUACGUUUUAUUAACGGGAAUAAUGGGAGACAGUAGGUAACCUUAUAAUUAUAAUGAUAUUGAGACGCUGGCCUCCACUCCAAGGGAAUUCAAGGGAUUGCGCGCACGGGUGUCUUGUCACCGUGACAGUAUAUUUCUCCAUAGAUAAGAAUAAGUACUACGUUGUCUUUCUUUUUCUCUUUAUAAAAGUGUAAAAGAGAAAGAUACUUGUCACGGUGACAAGUCACCCGUGCGCGCAAGCCCUAAAUGGGAAUCCAUACUAAUAUUAUAAAUGCGAAAGUAACUCUGUCUGUCUGUCUGUCUCUCUUUCACGCCUAAACCACCAAACCGAUUUUGAUGAAAAGACAAUGCCGGAAAUUGGCGUCUUUUUUUUCGCACGGCCAUCGACCAAACUUUGUUUUUUGAUUACAAAAUAGUGUAAUAAAUCAAACUUACUAUGACAUGUAUACCUCUAAACUCAGUCUGAACUGAGUUACGAGCAUUAGAAGUUUGAUGAUUUUCAUACUAGAUUUGCUUUUUGCGCGCAAAGUUUUGUAAGAAAUUGCAACAAACUAGUGAGAUUGUAUGUGUAAACAAACAAUACCAUCCAUUAAAGGCUCCAGACAUCAGUAUGGAGCAGAAUCAGUGCAAUAAAAAAUAGCGCAAUAUUUUGUUGCAAUUUCUUACAAAACUUGCGCACAAAAAGCAAAUCUAGUAUGAAAAUCAUCAAACUUCUAAUGCUCGUAACUCAGUUCAGACUGAGUUUAGAGGUAUACAUGCCAUAGUAAGUUUGGUUUAUUACACUAUUUUGUAAUCAAAAAACAAAGUUUGAUCGAUGGCCGCGCGAAAAAAAAAAGACGCCACUCUCCAUACAAAAUCUGGCAUUGCCAUUUGGCAUAGAGAUAAUUUGAGUCCCGGGAAAGGACAUAGGAUAGUUUUUACACCGGUUUUUGAAACAGGGACGCGCGCGAUAACGUUUUUCUAUGACAGACAAAAAAGACGAAGCCGCAGGCGGAAAGCUAGUAUGUAAAUAAAUAGACAAAGAUUACUAACACUUCGAGUAGUAAUGUUACCCGGUUGAUAGGCACACGGACGAAGGCACAUCUGCUGAACAUUUGCAACUUAUGUAGUGCUGACAAGAGCCACAUUGCAACGAAAUUUUUUACUAUGAUGUGCUGUUGCUAUGCGAAAUAUUUGGUUUGGUUUGCUACUAAAUUUUAUUGUUAAUUGUCAUUGGACAUAAUUUUAAAUGAGGAUCAGUACUGUUGUAGAAAAUUCAAUAAAACUAGUAUCUACGUUAAUCUUUAAGACAUAAGAAAGAUAUAUCUUUUUGAAUUAUCCAAAUCGGACCAUUACUUACGAAGAUAUUAAGUAAUAAACAUAGGCCGUUUUUGCCGCUAAAAGUCAACGUACGCAGGGCCGCGUGACGUCACUAUAUCCGAAUCGAGCGCAGCCGGCGUACUAUUGGGAUGGAAAAUAUUUUUUUCCAGCUAAACUAUCAGUUUUAGAAAAAAACUUUUAAUAACAUUUAUUCAUCAAAAUAAAGUAACCUAUCGACCAGUAAUUUUUAAAAAUAAAAAUUGUGAAAAAUAGGUAUCGCUAUGUCCAAAAACCACAUUUUCAUAGGAUUCGAUGCAAUGCGGAGACGCGGUUGGGGUGAGUGUAACUUAAUGAUUGUUUGUAUUGAACAUAAUAAUACAUAAUAUGAUGCUAAUAAUACCCAGUUUCUGGCCUGGGGGGGGGAUAAGUCAUACCCAGCCUAUAGCCUGGGGGGAGGGGCAAGCCUUACCCAGCUUCUGGCCUUGGUGGGAGGGGGGGAGAGGAAAGUCAUACCCAGUUUCUGGCCUUGGGGGGUAAGUCAUACCCAGCUUCUGGCCGAGGGGGAGUCAUACCUAGCUUAUGCUUAUGGACUGGGGGAAGGGGCUAGCCUUACCCAGCUUCUGGCC